AUGGCAGAGAGUUCAGCCACCCCCUGGAACCACACUCCCUCCCCCCUUCCUUCCUCCACACCCCUGCCCCACCCACACAGCAGCCGCGGGAGGGGAGACGCAGGGAAGAGGGUGGUGCUGCAGUGGCUCACGGCGGCCACCCCUUCUCUGCUGGAGGGGUCUCUCUGCUCGCGGGGUCUCUGCUGGCGGGGUCUCUCUGCUGGCAGGGUCUCUGCUGGCGGGGUCUCUGCUGGCGGGGUCUCUGCUGGCGGGGUCUCUGCUGGCGGGGUCUCUGCUGGCAGGGUCUCUCCUGGCGGGGUCUCUGCUGGCGGGGUCUCUGCUGGCGGGGUCUCUGCUGGCGGGGACUCUGCUGGCGGGGUCUCUCUGCUGGCGGGGUCUCUGCUGGCGGGGUCUCUCCUGGCGGGGUCUCUGCUGGCGGGGUCUCUGCUGGCGGGGGUCUCUGCUGGCGGGGUCUCUGCUGGCGGGGUCUCUGCUGGCGGGGGUCUCUGCUGGCGGUGUCGCUGGCAUUGUAGCUGCUGGCGGUUGGCAAUGGUGCUGGUGCAGCUGAUGGGGCGCGACGGGUGGGACGAGCUGCAGACGGGCUACAGGCUGGGCGGGAUCUGA